GGGCGGGGCCAGCGGGCCGCCAUGGAUGGCGCCGGGAAGCCGCUGUGGGUGGCGGCGGCCGCGGGCUCGGCCCUCACCGCCUUCUGCUACUCGGUUUACCGCCGCAAGCGGACCGCCGCCCGCACCCUGCAGGAAACUGCAACAUUUCCUUUAGAUCAAAAUCUCAAGAACAUUCUGUUAAAUGCACCAGGAAAAUGCCUCCCUUAUGCUGCGAUUGAAGGCGUGGUUAACCCUGUCAAAGAAACUCUCAAUAGCCAGUUUGUGGAUGGUUGCAAAGGAGUUAUACAACGACUUGUUUUACAGGAGCAUAAAAUGGUGUGGAAUCGAACUACCCACAUCUGGAAUGACUGUGAAAAGAUUAUUCAUCAAAGGACUAAUACUGUACCCUUUGACCUUGUGCCUACUGAUCGCAACCCUGGCUUAUCAGUUAGGGUGAUAAAGCCCUUAGAAUCAUCUGAACUAAACCUUGAAACUGUGUAUGAAAAGUUUCACCCUGCAGUACAAACUUUUACUGAUAUAAUUGGUCAUUACAUCAGUGGCGAACGGCCAAAAGGAAUCAAAGAGACUGAAGAAAUGCUGAGAGAUAAGGACAUAAUAACUGGGGUUGGAGAACUUGUAUUGGACAGUAACUUUAUUAAGCUACAGCCUCCAAAACAAGGCCUUCAGUACUACCUAAGUCGACUGGACUUUGAGUCUCUAGUUCGAAAGCAGGAGUCCAAGGUAAAGCUGUGGAAGAUCCUGACUAUGGUAUUCGGAAUUACAACUUGUGCAACCUUAUUUUUCAUAUUACGACGACAGUAUAAACGCUACAAAAUGGAACAAGAACAGUCCAUGCUGCAGAAAGAAAUGUUGGCAGUGAAGAAGCAACGUUUGCAGGAGCUUGACCUAACGGAGGACGAGGUCCCACAAAAUGCAUGUGCCAUUUGUCUGACCAGGGACAGGUCCUGUGUGUUUCUGGAGUGUGGACAUGUCUGCUCGUGUGCUGAUUGUUAUGAGGCCUUGCCUGUUCCUAAGAAUUGUCCCAUUUGUAGAAAUAACAUCUCCAGAAUAGUCCCAUUGUACAAUAGUUAAAUAUUUACAUUUUUUACAGCUCUUUCUAUAACGAAAAAGCUUGUCAUAGGAAAUUGUACUGCGGAUAGAGGAUAAAAACAAGUACAUGGGGGGGGGGGAAAUGUAGGAAUGUAUAUGUUUAGUAAAGUUAGUAACUAAUUUCUUUUUGGCUUUUUCCUUCUACGUUUUUCAUCUCCGGUGGUGGAUUAUCCUACGUUUGCUGAAAUGCAUUUAUGCCCAUUCUUGCAUAAUUAACAUUUAAAUCUCUUGCCUGCAUUCUGUGAGAGUAUAAGAAAUAGGAGCAGGAAUAGGCCAUUCAGCCCCUCGAGCCUACUCUGCUAUUCAGUAAGAUCAUGGGUGACCUGAUUGUGGCCUUAACUCCACUUUCCAGUCUGCUCGCCCCCCCUUGUUGGUCAAAAAUCCGUCUAACUCAGAAUUGAAUAAAUUCAAUGACCCAGCCUUCACUACUCACUGGGGGAAGAAAAUCAAAAGACUAACAAUCCUCUGAGACAAGAAGUUCCUCCUCAUCUCCACCUUAAAUGGGAGACCCCUUAGUUUGAAGCUGUCCCCGCUGUAGGUUCCCCACAAUGGAAAAUAUUCUCUCAGCAUCUACACUGUCAACCCCCUCAGAAUCUUUUAUGUUUCAAUAAGAUCACCUCUCAUUCUUCUAAACGCCCAAGUUUGGGCUUACCUGCUCGAUAUCUCCUCAAGACGAAUUCCUUAUCCUAGGAACCAGCCUAGUUAACCUUCUUUGACUGGUUCCAAAACAGGUACAAUGUUCCUCCAGUAAGGUGACCAACACUGUACACCGUACUCUCGGUGUGGUCUCAUCAGUGCCAUGUAUAGUUGCAGCAAGAAUUUCCUACUUUUUUUUAUAUUCCAUUCCCCUUGCAAUAAAGACCAACUUCCAUUUCCCUUCCCAGUUACUUGCUGUACCUGACUUUUUCAUGAUUCAUGUACAAGGACACCCAGAUCCCUGAGUACUGCAGCAUUUUGCAGUCAUUCUCUCUUUAAAUAAUAUUCUUCCUGCCAAAGUGAACAAUCUCACAUUUUCCCACAUUAUACUCCAUUGCUAAAUUUUUACUCACUUUGAAGACUCUUUGUAUCCUCCUCACAACUUGCUUUCCUACCUACCUUCAUAACAUCAGAAAAUUUGGCUACAGUACAGCCAGUCCCUUCAUCCAAGUCAUUAAAAUAGAUUGUAAAUAGUUGAGGUCCCAGCACUAAUCCCUGUAGCACUCCACUAGUUAGUUUGCCAACAUGAAAAUGAUUUAUUCGCCUGUUUCCUGUUGCCAUGCUAAUAUACACCACAAACACAUGGGGGAGGAUUCUUCCCUCGUCAGACAGGCUCAGCACGGGGGGCUCGUGAUUGAGGCCGGACCGCUAUUUCACACUGGCGGGCCAAUUAAGGCCUGCCCAGCGUGAAGUGCGAGCUGCAGCGCAGCCUGGUGGGGAGGAGGAGGAGGGCGAGUGUGAACUUUGUGCAUGUGUGCCAGAAAAGCUCCCUGAGGCACACACCUGCCUCGGGGAGAUGUACCGUUUAAACAUCAAAAAUAAAGAUUUUUAAAAUGUUAUGAAAAAUGUCCCCUCAUGUGACUGUCAGAAAUUAAAUCUAAAAAUUAUUUUGAUUUGAUGUUGGAAACCUCACCCUACGCGUGGAUGAGGUUUCCUAAAAAAUGCAAAGGCCGCUUGGCCUUUUCUCCUGCCCAUCAAUUGUAAGGUUGGAUGGACAGCAAAAGAUUUCUUUCAGUUACCUUCUCGAUGGCCUUAAAAGUCCUUUUAAUUUUCGGUGGGUGUGCUGCUGACUCCAGUGCACACCCGCCGACUGAAAUAUCGCACGAGUGUGCGAUGACAUUGGGCUGCUCGCCUGAGGUCAUCGCGUGUUUUAUGCUCGGUCAGGUCGGGCGCAUGUCCACCCAAUGAGCUAAAAGUUCUCCCCAUAAGCUCUUAUCUUGUGUAGUAACCUUUUAUAUGGCACCUUUAAUUAAUCUUGUUUUGUUACAUAUUACCAGGCCCAAAAUAUCCUAGCUCCUGUUAGGUUCCAGAACAUAUUGCUCUAAGGAAUUGUCCUGAAUAUUCUCUGUGAACACAUCUCCAGACUACCUUCUAUCAAUUUGAUUUGUCCAAUCUAGAUGAAGAUUAAAUUCUGCCAUGAUUAUGUCAGUACCUUCCUUGUAAGCCCCCAUCAUUUAUUGAUGUGUACUCUGUCCUCCUGUGUAACUACUGUUAGGGGACCUGUAAACUACCUCCACCAGUGAUUUCUUUCCUUUGCUAUUUCUUAUCUCUGCUCCAACUGAUUCUCCAUCUUGAUAUUUUGAACCAAGAUGAUUUAUCACUAUUUUGCUGAUUUCAAGAUGUAUUAACAGAGUUGCCCUGCCUCUUUUUCCUUUCUCCCUGUCCUUCUGAAAUAUCAAGUACUCUUGAAUAUUCAGAUCCCAACCUUGGUCACCUUGCAACCACAUAUCUGUAAUAGCUAUCAUAUCCUACUAUAUUUAUACUUGUGCUAUCAAUUCAUCCUUGUUAUGAAUGUUGGAAGCAUUCAGAUAAAGAGCCUUUAAUUCUGUCUUUUUACUGUUUUGCCUACUCUGACUUUAUUUGCUGGGGCACUGUUAUGUUUGUUCUGUCCCUUGUCACCAUUAUCCAUAUCGCUACCCUGCACUAUUGCCUUGUCCUUUCUCUUUAACUUUCCAAAUCUCCGUGCAUGUGAAAGACCCCCAUUAUUUAAUUUAAAGUCCUUUCUACAACCUUGGUUAUACAGCACUCUUCCCACCACAGUUCAGGUGAAGGCAAUCCCAGUAGUACAACUCUCUCUUUCCCCAGUAUGAUGCCGGUGCCCCAUGAGUUGAAACCCAUUUCUCCGAUGCCAUUCUUUGAGCUGUGCAUUUAACUCAGGCUUGCACUUUUAAAGUAGGCUUUUUAAGUGAAAUUAUGUUAUCUAUGACACAGUCUCAUGAUGUAAUUUGUGAAAUGCCCUAAUUCGCAGUGUUUUGUCCAAAAAUGAGAGGAGGAUCUGGGAAGGGCGAUUUGCAUUUGUACCUUUGGAAGCCAGGUAUCUCAUUCUGAUCGCAGGUUAAACACUUUUUUUUAUCCAGAAUCUAUUUUAAAAAGAGAAUCAUCAAGAUGGGCUUAGCAAUUGAUGUUACUGCACUACUAGCAUUUCAAUGAAUUAGUUUCUGAAUUAGUGUCAGCAGCAUCUGUAACAAUUGCUGGUAAUUUUGCUGAAUAUACUUGCUGAUUAAUCUGCUUUAGUAUGAACCAGACUGUUGUACAAUAAUGGGUUAAUCUACUGAAGUUACAUAAAGUACUCAAACUUGUGUAUUAUGCAUUUUGCCUGCAGUUUUGAUACAUUAUCCUGAUCUUAUUAAAGGAGGCAGCAUUGCUAAUGUUAGCUUGUAGCAGAAAUUCAAAGCGGUCUAUUUUUAAUAAUGCACUUUACUGUGUUUGUUUAUGGUACCUUGCCUUUCCUUCAUGUACUAUGUAUGAUAAAGUUGAUUCAUUUUGACACAA